UAUUUAUGGUAUCAAUUCAACGUCAAAGCUUUGUUUAUCAAUUCGAACCCGCCUGCAAACAUGUCAGAACUACCCCAAGUGCAUCCCGGGUCUGACCAGAACAAACAAUUCUACAUUUUCGGAAAUAACAUAUCGCAUUCCCUCUCUCCUCAACUCCACAACUCCGGAUUCGCAAAGAUCCGGUAUCCAGGUCACUACCAAAUCCACGAAACAAAAGAUGUAGACGAGACCGUCGAAAAAAUGAUGAGGCAACCCAAUUUCGGAGGCGCAUCCGUCACAUUCCCCCACAAGCUUCGAAUCGGGAAAUUUGUCGACACCAUCACGCCCCGAGCAAUAAGCGUUGGCGCUGUCAACACCAUUGUCGUAAAAGAGUCAUCGUCCGGACGCACGCUGGAGGGAGACAACACUGAUUGGUCAGGUAUUCGAUCUUGCAUCCUCAAUGCCGAUUUGCCAGCUAUCGAAUCGUCUACGGCUGUUGUCCUGGGUGCUGGUGGAGCAGCACGUGCGGCAUGUUAUGCGCUUGGGACGCUGAAAGUGAAAGAAGUCAUCAUUGUCAACCGCACACGCUCAAAAGCAGAAGAGAUGGCGGCGCAUUUUCCUGAUUUACCGACGCGGAUCUGUACAGAGCUGGCAGAUAUUCACAAGAUCGCCAGUAGUUCAGUGCGAAUCAUCGUAGGGUGCAUUCCCGCCGAUGACCUGACAGAGGACAAAAUCCCGCCUACUCUGUUAUCUGGUGCGGAAUCGGGUGUUCUCGUGGAAAUGGCAUAUCGGCCGUUGGAGACGGGAAUGAUGAAGGUAGCAGCUAAAUAUCCAGCUUGGCGUAUCUUCAAAGGUAUGGAUGUGCUGAGAGAGCAGGCGUACGCGCAGUUUGAACUUUGGACUGGUCAAAACGCGCCAAUUGAAGUUAUGAGUGCGGCGAUGGAAGCUGAGCUAGAGCGACGACGACUAUCUAAUCCGUCCCUGUAA